AUGAUGCUGGAAUGUGUUGACAGUAGCUAUUCUUUGAAGGAGAGUACAGAAUAUAAAGUAAAGGUGGCGGUAGGGUGGUGCUACCACCGCCAAUACCCAAUCACGCUUUUCAAUGAGCUGUACUAUCUUAAUGCCGGGGGAACAAUUUGGACAGAUGGAUCACCUCCAUUGCAUAGUUUAUCAAUCAUUGGUGAAACAAAGUUUUCCCUCGAUUGGUCCAAGUCAAAUCUUAAAAAUAGCAUCAAUACAUCCAACGACAAUGACACUGCUGUUGACAUUCUUGGAAGGAUGGCUUCGGUACUUCAGGAGAUUCAUACUUCAGCACCAGUAACUUCCGCUUUUGGAACAAACUUGCUGCAAAAGGGGGAGGAAAACAUUGGACAAUUCCUUUGUCUGAAAGGGAUUGAAUAUCACAUGGGUAACACCUAUGAUGUUCAUUUCUAUGCAUCUUUUUCCUUAAUCAUGCUAUUCCCAAAACUGGAAUUUAGCAUCCAAAGGGACUAUGCUGCAGCAGUGAUGAUGCAUGAUCCUAGUAAGAUGACACUUCUGCAUGAUGGAAGUCUAGUCUCAAGAAAAGUUCUUGGUGCUGUUCCUCAUGAUAUUGGAAUGAAUGAUCCAUGGUUUGAAUUAAACUAUUAUAAACUUUACAACACAGAUAGGUGGAAAGAUUUGAAUCCAAAAGUUGUUCUGCAAGUUUACAGGGAUGUGGUUGCCACAGGUGACAGACAGUUUGCGCGAGCUGUUUGGCCCUCAGUUUAUACUGCAAUGGCUUAUAUGGAACAAUUUGAUGUGGAUGGGGAUGGGAUGAUAGAAAAUGAAGUGUUCCCCGAUCAGACAUAUGAUACAUGGUCUGCCUCUGGUGUUAGUGCCUAUUGUGGGGGGCAGCCUUGCAGGCUGCUUCUGCUAUGGCUCGUGAAGUUGAUGGCAAAGAAGGUAUAUGAUAGGUUGUGGAAUGGUUCUUAUUUUAACUACGACAACAGUGGUAGUAGCACAAGUACAUCUAUUCAAGCUGAUCAGUUGGCUGGAAAAUGGUAUGCCCGAGCAUGUAGUCUUUUACCCAUUGUUGAUGAAGAGAAAGCAAAAGUAGCACUCGAGGAGGUUUUUAGUUUCAAUGUCAUGAAGGUGAAGGAUGGGAGACUUGGGGCUUUGAAUGGGAUGCUGCCCAGUGGAGAACCUGACAUCUCGUGCAUUCAGACAAAGAGAUAUGGGCUGGUGUUAUAUAUGGGGUUGCUGCAGCUAUGA